AUGCAGGCAGUCAACCCUAUGUUGUUUGCGCCUUUCCUGGUGCUCUGCGUGCCGCUUCUGCUGCUGGAGUGGAGGAUAUCUCCCCCGAGCGUACCGGCCUUCCAUGUGCGCAACAUGCAGGACGAGUCUUUGUCCAGCCUUGUGCACGAAAGGCAGGAAGCCAACCAACUGAGUGCGCACAUCCGGCAUGGAGACAGGGUUUGGAAUCUCGGCGUUGACAUUGGCACUUCGUGCAUCACCAUCGCGAGGUUGUCUGGGAACUUGAAUGAAACAGUUUGUGUGGAGCCGAACACGGUCAUUUUGCCAAAAACACGGGAGAACAUGGCCCGAAAUGGCGUCGGAGAUGCCCAUCUGCUGAGCGGGAUCGUCGCCGACGCAGCCCAUUGCCCAGAGUCAGUGCCAUUUCAGGGAGACGAAGAACUCCAUCGUGCGGAAGAUGCGCGGCUUCCCCGCGAAAUGUCCUACCUUGGAAUAAAGUACAGCGUUGAAAGCUGCUACAGCCUGCCGUAUUUGGCAUCCAGGUUUGGCAUGCCCGAUGUUCUUUUUGCUGAUUGCGAGGGCUGCCUUCCAAUCAUCAUUCGACAGUUUCCAUCUUUCUUCUCAAGACGGCAGCUCCGGUUGAUCAUCUACGAGAUGGAUGGAGACCACCAGACCUAUGAGAAUAUGCAUGAGUCCUUGGUUGUGGCUGGGUUCAAACUGUUGGAAUUUGGCUUCGUGUGCGUCUGGACGCGAGAGCUGAACCCUGUCCUUAACUUGUGGCCGAUCUAUCACAAGCUCCUGGCACCAAGCAUCCUCACUUUCGUGCUAGACAUACUCAUGGCCUACACUCUUCCAGCCCGGCUUGCCGCGGUGCCAUUCUGGCGAUUUCUUCCCAUCACCCACUGUAUCGAUGGCACCUUCUGUGAGCCUUUCGGGAUCUUGACCCAAUGCGUCCUAGCGCCGCUAUGUGCCGGUGAAGACAUCCCCGACUGGCGCCUUUUUGGAGGCCUCGCCUAUCCCGACGACUGGAUGAAGCCGCGCCACAAGCUCUCGAAAUGGUCACGACAGGGCUUCUACACCCUGGUGAAGUGGUUCUUCCUCUGGGCCCUGGUCGCCUGGCCGGCGGCUCUACGAGUUUCCGGGUCCAAGAUGGCAGCCUCGAGGCUCAUGUACCUGAUGCUCACUUCCAGCCUUGCUGCUGGAUAUGUCCUGGCUGAAAUCUCCGGCCAGUUCGGCUCACCAGAUGACCCUGAGAGCUUCAUGUGGGUUAUGGCAGUAUUGACAACGGUUGCCUUGGUCCUUUGGGCCAUUUGGGCUGGUUCCUCGAGACACCAGGCCCUAACUGCCAAGGCUCCUGAUGUUUGA